UUAGACACCAAGCAACAAGCAACUCCAAUCACUCAAUCCCCUACGCACAUUUGGCAGGAAAAUCGAAAAAUAGAAAAAAAAAACAAAAAUGGUCUAUACCGAACGUACCGACAAGUGCACCACCAGCACCAAGGAUAGCCAGCACUCCAGCAAGGGACAGUCUCAGUCACAGUCGCAGUCGCAGUCUCACUCGCAAUCACAGGGCAGCAGCAAGCCCAGCCACAGCUCGGGCGCCUGGAGCAGUCAGGCCUCGAGCUCGGACAAAUGGAAGUACAACAAUAUGGUGGAGAACGAUCGCGAGAAGUUCAAUGGAAUGCAUUUCUCCUAGACAGGCAGAGACCUGAGUUGUAAUACACUUUUAAUGGACUUAAGUAUUGCUAUGUGAUACGUG